AUGCCUCAAGAGGUGUUCUUGGAGUAUUCCAUGAACUUGAUGCAGCUCUCCAAGCCUUGCAUCUUCGUGGUCACUGGAAGCUGGUGCAAGGCCGUCACCACCAGCGAUGGCGACGAGCUGCCGCCAUUCGACACAGGACUGUGGUGUUUCUUCAAGGGCAUCAAUGCUUGGCACAGAACCUGGCCCAACGCCUUGUUGGUAGUGGCACGGGAGCUACGCGAACACUGCCUGCACCCUGAAGAGAGUAUCUCCAAGAAUGCUCAAUGGACAAUGGCAGUUUUGGCUGGACACUGUUUUCACACAGCACAAAGUAAAGGCGUUCGACAUUUUGGACAUGUUGUACUGGUUGCGACACGCGGAUGA